UUUCCGCGCGCGUGGCCCUCGUCCAAGGUGAGCGCCGGCAUCGCGCGACGCGGCAGGACCUCCUCGCCCGCCCGCGCUCCCACGAGUUCAUUCGUUUGCUGGGAGAUCUUGGUGUCGGAAGGCCCAGGUACUACAUGACGAGAACCUGUCUACUCAAGCGCACUCGUGCGGAUUGAAAAACACAAACCGAAACAAAACCCAGGAGUGGUGGUGAAUGCAAGUAAUCCCGAGAAAGAUGGGUGUGGAGUUCCAGGCUGGCCGCCGCUAAAUGAUUAACCAUUUAAGAUGGCAUUUCACUGGCAAACGACCGUUUUUGUACCUGGCUAAGACUUGGAUUCUUCUCCCCCCUCCCCAAGAUUCUCAAUCAUGUCUUGAUGGGCUUGACUCUGCUGUGCUGGCAACUUUUGGGCAGGAGAAAUGGCUCUGAUGAAAUGGGGGCUGGGAAGGCAGAAGUUUCGUCUGCUGAAGAGGAGCUCCCUGCUGCUGAAACUCCUAGCCAUUGUCUUGGCUGUGCUUCUAUUUUGUGAAUUUUUUAUCUAUCAUUUGGUCAUCUCUCGGUGUAAUUGGCCUGAGCUGAAAACUGCAGUCCAUGGUGGUGGACAGGAACCUGUGCUGAGAGCCAUGUUUUUGGCUGAUACCCACUUGCUUGGGGAAAUAAGAGGCCACUGGCUGGAUAAAUUACGAAGGGAAUGGCAGAUGGAGAGGGCCUUCCAGACAGCUCUGUGGUGGCUGCAGCCUGAAGUUGUCUUCAUUCUGGGGGACAUCUUUGAUGAAGGGAAGUGGAGCUCCUCUCAGGCCUGGGCUGAUGAUGUGCAGCGGUUUCAGAAGAUGUUCAGACACCCAAAUCAUGUGCAGCUGAAAGUUGUCGUUGGCAACCAUGAUAUUGGUUUCCACUACCAGAUGAACAGAUACCUAGUAAAACGAUUUGAGAAAGUGUUCAACUCUGAAAGGCUGUUUUCUUGGAAAGGAGUUAAUUUUGUGAUGGUCAACAGUGUUGCACUGGAAGGGGAUGGCUGUGACAUCUGCUCCCGAGCAGAAGCUGAACUCAUUGAAAUUUCUCAUAAACUGAACUGCUCCCAAAAGCAGGUGCAGGGAUCAGGCCAGUGUGGAGGUGGGCAGCAGCUCCCCUUGUCUGCCCCAGUGCUUCUGCAGCAUUACCCGCUCUACCGGACCAGUGAUGCUAACUGCUCCGGGGAAGAUGCUGCUCCUCCAGAGGAAAAAAUCAUCCCUUUUGUGGAGAAAUAUGAUGUGCUUUCUCGGGAGGCCUCACAAAAGCUGCUGUGGUGGUUCCAGCCCCGCCUGGUCCUGAGUGGCCACACACACAGUGCCUGUGAGGUGCUCCACCCUGGAGGCGUCCCUGAGCUCAGCGUCCCAUCAUUCAGUUGGAGGAACAGAAACAACCCCAGUUUCAUCAUGGGCAGCCUGACGUCCAGAGAUUAUGCCCUCUCCAAGUGUUUCCUUCCUUUUGAGGACACAGUUCUGACCAUGUACAGUGGAGCAGCUGGUUUCCUUGUGGUCCUCAUCUUAGCUCAUUUUGAGUGUUUAGCCUCACCUUUUCUGUUGGGAUGGAACCUGCUCAGAACGCACAGGACAAGGUGAGAGGUUGGUUGUUCAUGUGGUAAUAAAUAUCAAAGCUAAAGACAACCUCGGCAGAGCCUACAUUAGAGUCAAGUGAAUGAGAGCAGAGGCCAUUUUAUAUACAUCAUGGAAACUAAAUCAGUGACUGCAGAAUAAAUAGUUGAUUGUACUGUUCACAUGCUAUCAGUGAAACAUGUACUCUACAACAAAACUUUCCUCGUUUUUAUCAAAUAUAUGUAUAAUCAGGUUG